AUGGUUCUUGACGAGGAAAAAGCAAUGAGGCUCAAGGCCACCCCAACAGUCCCCGUCAACUAUGUCGCAGCUAAAGCGGGUGAGACUUUCAAGCUUGGGCAAAUCACGAUCAGGAUCAUGGAAGAUGGAUCGCGAACAGACAAUAGAAUUGGAUCCGCAGAGUUUACAGUGCCUGCUAAGACAAAAGGUCCACCAAUGCACUGGCAUGAGAUGCACGACGAAACAUUCCUCGUGACACAGGGUACACUACGAUUCAACGUGCUCGAAGACAAAGUCGUCGACGCCGCAACUGGCGAUUAUGUGGUAGUGCCGCCACGUGCACCGCAUACAUUCGAGAAUCCCUUUGACGAAGAUGCCAAGUUCUUCAACACAUACACGGUACAGUCGCUCAUGAAGCCUCCCGGAGGAUACGCACUGACUUCUCAGCCUGCAUACUACAUCAACUAUUUCAAGCUGCUAGCAACGAUGGCAGAGGAUGGGAAACCGAUGUCGAAGGAGGCCAAUAUCGAAGCCAUGGCCCGAUACGCAACCCUGCCAGUCAAACAAUAG